UUGCGCAGCGACCUUCCGCCCACCCGGGACGCGUCGGACCCGGACGCCGGCUGGACCGUCUUCGCCCUCGGCAAGCUCGGCAGCCGCGAGCUGACCGUGCACUCGGAUCUCGACCUGGUCUUCGUCUACGCCGGCGAGACGACCGACGCGGGCCGGUCCAGCGCACCAGACAGUCGGCGGCAGAGCAGACAGGACCUAGCGCACAAAGAGGACCAGGAGGACGCGACCGUCGGCAGUACGAGAGCGACACGCGGCGUGCCGAAACCGAGGCAAGCAGCGGCUCGCGAUCCACUUCCGGCCUGCAGCGCAACCUGGCGGGAACGGGCCGAGACAUGGGAGCGCAUGGCGUGGACGCGUUGCCGCCACGUCGGCGGCGAGUGCCGGCCGCAUGACGCCGAGCCGUCGGACACUCGCGCUACGCCCUGCCCAGUCCGCUCCCGCAUCGAGCGCGAGCUGGCCCGCGAGGCGGCCGGCGACCAUCUGGACCUGAAGCGGGGCCGCGGCGGCCUUGCCGACAUCGACUUCCUGCUGCAGGUGCUGCAGAUUCGGGAGGGGUCAACCCGCACGGACUUCCGCGUCGCCGGCACCCGCUGGCUGCUCGAGACCCUGCCCGAGACCGAUUUCCUGCGCCCGGUGGAGGCCGACACGCUCCGCGACGCCUACUGGUUCCUGCGCGAGAUGCGAGGGACCGAUGCUGCGUCAUCACACACGACACCGGCGCGGCGGCGCAUCCGAGACCGACCACGACGCGGCGAGACGACU